CCACUGUUUGCCAAAAUCUUCUUAUAAAACCCACUGCCAAUGUAACUGAUUACUUUCUUAGUUUUCAUGUUGUUGUUUGAUGUUGUUACAAAUAUCAGCCUGAAUUUUCUUUCAUGUUUUCAGAUUGAUAUUGAAGUGAAUGGUGAUCCUGUGGACCUGCAUAUGAAACUUGGUGACAACGGAGAGGCAUUUUUUGUCCAGGAAGCCGAAGAAGAAAAUCAGAUUAUUCCUGCCCACUUGGCCACAUCCCCAAUACCCACAGAGAGUCACCUGUUCUGGAUGUCGGCGGUCGAAAACCGGGCACCUAAAGAUCCAAAUGAUGAUGAUCCUCUUGACCAAGAAGACCCACCUGAGCCCCCUGCUCCCAGUGCCACUGCCACAAAAAAGAAAAAAAGACGAAGAAAGAAGCACAAAGGAGACCCUCGCAGAGAAGAGCUGACCCCACCGGUGUCUUCUGGUAAUUCUGUCGCUGCUACAACUGCUGCUGUGUCGGGCACUGGACAAAAUGAAGAGAUUUUUGAGAUGGAUCUCAGCUCUGAUGAAGAAUCCGCACCACAUGUAUCGAGGUCACCUUCAACUUCAACAAUCCGUGACAUAGACCCCAAACUGCCUACAGUCAGACAUAACCUGGAAGGUUACCCGCUGUCCGACAGUGAAUGGCCAUCAGGCGAUGGCCAUAGCUUGUCCCAGGCCUUUUCCCCAAAGAGCGACUCUGAACUGGUGAUGAAGUCUUCAGAGAGUUUGUUGAGGGCUGAGUCCCAUAUGCAGUGGACCUGGGGGGAGUUUCCAGAAACAACUAGGGUCACACGCAAAGAAAAACCUGAACCAAUAAAGACGGUGACCAUCACCCCAUCAGAAAGCACCCACUUCCGCGUCAUCCUCAGCUCAGAGGCUAUGGCGAAUGAAACGGAGACUGAAAAGGAAGAUGGAGGCCCCUCAGUGUGUACCAUAGUCAAGCCUGAGCCACGUACCCCUGUCACCACUGUAACACCCGGCAGCCUAACGAGCAUCAGCACCGUGACGUCUGAGAGUCCUUUAACCCCAACAGAACCUCCUGAUGUCCUUCCAUCCAAUGUGACCACCUCCACCCCUUCAAACAGCCAACAUACCGAUUCACCCUCCAAGAAGAAAGGAGUCCCAAAGAGGAGUCAGCAUCAGGGUCCAGAGGACAUCUACCUAGAUGACCUAAAUGUCCUUGAACCCGAUGUGGCUGCAAGAUAUUUUCCCAAGAGUGAGUCUGAGGCAACAGCAAAGCACUGGAUCGACUCAGAGAUGCGUUCUGGUUCCCAGUCUCCACAGUCCGUGGGUAGUGCAGCUGCUGACAGCGGGACAGAAUGUCUUUCUGACUCGGCCAGUGACCUCCCUGAUGUCACUCUUUCUCUGUGCGGAGGUCUCACAGAAAAUGCUGAAAUAUCCAAAGAAAAAUUUAUGGAACAUAUCAUCACAUAUCAUGAGUUUGCUGAAAAUCCAGCAAUCAUAGACAACCCUAACUUAGUUGUAAAGAUAGGAAAUAGGUAUUAUAACUGGACACUAGCUGCACCCUUGAUUCUAAGUCUACAGGCAUUUCAGAAGAAUUUACCAAAGGCUACAGAGGAGGCUUGGAUGAAGGAGAAAAUGCCAAAGAAAUCAGGUCGCUGGUGGUUCUGGCGAAAAAGAGCAGACAGUUCAGUCAAACAGUCUGAAACAAAGCUUGAAACCAAGGAGGAGUGUCAGCUAGAGGAAGGAGAACCCUCUAUUUCUCACGAGAAAUUGGCUUUGCCGUCGAAAGCAGGAGACACCUCGAGUGAUGAGGAAUCCAAGGAGGUCAGUGCUGCGUCCUGCCAAGAGAGGCUGCAGCCAGCAGAAGGACAUCAUUCCACCCCCCACACUUACAGGAAGUCACUACGUCUUUCCUCAGAUCAGAUAGCUAGUUUGAAACUAAAGGAGGGACCAAAUGACGUGACAUUUAGCAUUACCACUCAGUACCAAGGCACAUGCCGUUGUGAGGGGACCAUCUACCUGUGGAACUGGGAUGACAAAGUCAUCAUCUCUGACAUUGAUGGUACCAUCACCAAAUCAGAUGUGUUUGGACAGAUUCUCCCACAGUUGGGGAAAGACUGGACCCACCAGGGCAUUGCCAAGCUGUACCACUCCGUGGCCGAGAAUGGCUACAAAUUCUUGUACUGCUCAGCUCGGGCUAUCGGCAUGGCCGACAUGACGAGGGGCUACCUGCAGUGGGUCAACGAUGGAGGCAUCAUCCUGCCGCGAGGACCGCUCAUGCUGUCUCCCAGCAGCCUCUUCUCUGCAUUCCACAGGGAGGUCAUCGAGAAAAAACCAGAGAUCUUCAAGAUCGAAUGCCUUACAGACAUCAAGAACCUGUUUCAGAAUAACAAGCAGCCUUUCUACGCUGCCUUUGGGAAUCGAGCUAAUGAUGUUUUUGCCUAUAAGGAGGUUGGAGUCCCGCUGUGUCGGAUCUUCACAGUUAACCCCAAAGGAGAGCUGAUCCAGGAGCAGACCAAGGGCAACAAGUCAUCCUACGGCAGACUUAGUGAGCUGGUGGAGCACGUUUUCCCUCUGCUGAGUAAAGAGCAGAACGAAGCCUUCGUGAUGCCCGAAUUUAGCUCCUUCUGUUAUUGGAGACAGCCGCUACCAGAAAUCAACCUCGACGAACCGCUCUAACCGCUGCACAGACUCUCACCCAGCCAUUCAUCUGUGCGGGGACGAGGCGUAAACAAACGUGGAGUGGAUCCAAUAGCACUUAGGCACACACAGCUCUACGACUACCAGAGAAAACAGGGUUAAGACGAAACUUAAAACAUAACUUGAAAACUGUAUUUAUUUUUCACGAGUGGAGAUUAACAUCAGCUGAAACUUCAACCACUGGAAAACGGACUAAUCGCUUACUGGUGCCAGGUCGCUCUGCUCGACGACCGGCCUGUAGUUGAGUGGUGCAGGGAUAGCAAUCUAAAAUAAAUAUUUUUUCAAACAGAAUACUUUUAGUAACUCAGAAGGCACUCAGUUUCCUAAUUUAAUUUCAUUUUACACAUUUCUUAAUUAUACAGUGUGAGAGGAGUUUGGUGAGACCUGACGAGAAAAGUGAACACGGAUUGUAACAGCUGGCUGAUGUCAGAUUUCCCCCAACCGUGAUGCUCAAACUCAUUGGUUUGCAGGAGCCUACUGUAGCAACGCUGCUUGAAGUUCAGUUUUUCUGACACUCUUUACUCACGUCGCACAUUUCUAUUGGCUUCUUCUAAAGGUCAUGAACUACGUGCGCAGUGAGUUAUGUUCGAUAUUGUUUGUAAUCGAGGUAAAAACUCCGUGUAUGCCAAGAAUGUAUGGAUCCGCACUUAGUUGCGGCAAAAUGAAGCAGCUUCAUGGUUUAUUGUCCAGCGGUUGUUGUAAAAUGUUUGUUCUGUUGUACAAGCUUUGCAGACCUUAUGUGUUCUGUUAACAACAGUAAUUAUUUAAAAUUAAUAUAUUAAGUUAUUGAUUUCUGUUGUAAUUCCAUUGCUUGUCAGGA